CUCUGCUCUCAUUGGUGUGGUUGUGGCCGUAGCGGAGCGUUUGCUUGCGCGCCAUAUUCAAUCAUAUCUAGGAAGUUAGCCUGUUGAUACGGUUGUUUUAAUUUAAUUGUUUAACUUUCUUUUAAUUAUACCAUCUUUAAAUAAAAAUGGACCAUGUGGGCUUUUCAAGAGUUCUUCCAAAUUCACCAAAGACAGUCCGGGGACAAAUACAGGUCAUCUUUGGACCGAUGUUUUCGGGCAAAAGCACUGAGCUGAUGAGAAGGGUGCGCCGUUUCCAGAUAGCCCAGUACAACUGUUUGGUGAUUAAAUAUGCCAAAGACACACGUUAUUCGGACUCAGACAUGGUUACACAUGACAAAAACACAAUGGAAGCUAUACCAGCAGCUUGUCUGGAACAUGUGAGGCCUCUGGCGCUGCAGGCCUGUGUCAUUGGAAUUGAUGAAGGACAGUUUUUUCGAGAUGUGGUGGAGUUCUGUGAGGAGAUGGCGAAUUUAGGGAAGACGAUCAUUAUAGCUGCGUUAGAUGCUACCUUCCAGAGAAAGCCAUUUGGAAACAUCCUGAGCAUUGUCCCUCUGGCGGAGAGUGUAGUGAAGCUGAAUGCCGUCUGCAUGCAGUGUUACAAAGAAGCUGCCUACACCAAGAGGAUCGGAACAGAGACAGAGGUGGAAGUGAUCGGUGGAGCUGACAAGUACCAGGCAGUGUGCAGAAAGUGUUAUGGAGGUCUGAUGGUGGACAAAGAGAACAGUGCUCCCUUCAGGAAAGAAUCUCCACAGCACAUCCUCACAGGAAAACUUGCAGACUGUGGAGUUUCCAGGAAGCUUUUCUCCCACCUCCACUUCUGAACCCAAAAACUUGCUGCAGAAGUUCAGCAGAGUUGACAAAUUCCCUUUUCCCUUUGUGUAAAGACGUGCUUCACAAUGUAUGGAUUUAGACCACAGGAUCAUUUUAAGUUAUUUCUCCAGAGAUUUUUAUUAAACCAUUUGGGAAAUUCUCCUUUG